AUGUAUUGUAUAGUGAAGGAUCCAUUUGCCGAACCACAGUCCAUCGCUAAAUCUCCAUGUUUAUUCGAUCUCUGGUUGCAGCUACAUACUGACCGCCUUAUUCACCGUAAAAUCAAAACUGAUCGGCGAAAAUCGGCUGCGUCUGUGAAAACUGAACUUCAAACUAGUCGUAAUACUGCUAUUUCUGAAUCAACAGUUCGUCGUCGAUUGCACGAGAUUGACCUAUACGGUCGUGUCGCUCGAAAAAUUCCAUACGUCAAUAAGGUCAAUCGCGGCAAACGUUUAGAAUAUGUUCGUACAUAUCGUGAACAACCUCUUGCCUAUUGGGAUAAUGUUAUUUGGUCAGACGAAAGCAACUUUAACUUGCUCGGAUCGGAUGAGAAAGUUAUGGUGUGGCGGACAACGAAAGAAGAACUUGCCCCAAAAUGUAUAGUACCGACUGUUAAACAUGGAGGUGGAAAAUAUGGCUGGGGAGAUGUAUCGUGA